CCCUUGCCCUCCCUAUACGGCGUUGUUGUUAUCCACUCGCUCGUUUCUUCUUUUCUGUCAUUUCCUCUACCGCUCAACCAAGCCAUAGCCCAUACCCACACACAAAUCCCUGCAUCUUUGUUCCAGGUGCCCACUACCUCCGCCUGCACUACAAGCGGCUUCAUCGCCUCCUUUUUUAACUCAUACAAAGACAAGGUACAACUACAAGCUGGGGCGAGAUUGUUGAAGGUUUGUAACUUGCAGAAGUCCAUUCCUCAUGAUGGCGGACAUUCUAAUGCAGCUCCUGGCUCUAGUAGUAGUUGUGGUACUGGUGUUUCAGUUAUGUUGUGUAUAAAGAGGAUUAUAGAGACGCUGCUAGGCUUAAGGUUGCAAUUGUAGCUGCCGCAAUGAAUGCCAUCGUUGGCAAAGUGAUGACACAUCUGAUCAUUUUGUUGUGGUUGUUCAUGGCAUAUACAUGGUAAGUUCGUUGCCCAUUUAAGGAACUUGAAAUGCUGGUUCUUUCUGGGGCUUUUAGUUGCCAUGGGUUCAAAGGGUUUCUCUUAGAUAUGAAGUAUUUUAUACUGGUUUUUCAGCAUUACAACUACGGAUUGGUAGUUUACAAAUUUGAUGAGUUGAAGAAGAAUCAGUUGUCUAUUGGAGGUUUGGUACUACAAUGAGAA